CCUAGUAUGUGAUAGACGGGAUGCCGUAAAUUUCAACAAUUUCCCGGAUAAAGAUACAAUGGGUUGGCCAGAUGGAAUGACAAUGGACACAGAUGGACACCUGUGGGUAGCCUGUUUCGGAAUUGGAAAGGUCAUCAGCUUUGAUCCCGUUACAGGUACAAAGCUAAGAGAAGUAACCAUCCCUGCACCAAGAACAACUUCCUGUUGUUUUGGAGGAAAACAUAUGGACGAGCUAUAUGUCACUACUGCGACGUUGGGGGCUCUAGAAGACGAAUUAAACAAAUAUCCCUUAUCUGGAUCAGUAUUCAAAGUCACGGAACUUGGGGUUAAAGGUUACCCUGCCAACGUUUACCGGAGUAUUGCCACGAGUGGACUGUAAUCUUGGAGAUUUCUUCUUCGUUAUGUAACCAUACGAAUGCGUACUUACUUAGAUAAUCAUAUUAAUCACACAUG